CAUGGGCAGCAGGAGAGCGGCUGGCACAGCGAGUUCCGGUCCAGGCAGUCUCUCCGCGGCGGCACCAUGCUCUCCAGGGCCUCCCCCGGGCUGUGGAUUACUCUCUGCCUGUAUUGCAGCUGCCGCGUCGGCGGCGGGGACGCGCAGAACGCCAAGGAAGUGAUCCUGCUGGACUCCAAGGCACAGCAGACCGAGCUGGAGUGGAUCUCCUAUCCUCCCAAUGGGUGGGAAGAGAUCAGCGGCCUGGACGAGAACUACACGCCGAUCCGCACCUACCAGGUGUGCCAGGUGAUGGAGCCCAAUCAGAACAACUGGCUUCGGACUAACUGGGUGGAGAAGGGCGACGCCCAGAGGAUUUUCGUGGAGCUGAAGUUCACGCUGAGGGAUUGUAACAGCCUGCCGGGCGUGGUGGGCACCUGCAAGGAGACCUUCAACCUGUACUACCAGGAGACGGACUCGGAGGUGGGCCGCGGCCUGCGCGAGAACCAGUACGUGAAGAUCGACACCAUCGCGGCGGACGAGAGCUUCACGCAGGGCGACCUGGGCGAGCGCAAGAUGAAGCUCAACACGGAGGUGCGCAUCAUCGGGCCGCUGGCGCGCCGCGGCUUCUACCUGGCCUUCCAGGACGUGGGCGCCUGCAUCGCCCUGGUGUCCGUCAAGGUGUACUACAAGAAGUGCUGGUCCAUCAUCGAGAACCUGGCCACCUUCCCCGACACCGUGACCGGCUCCGAGUUCUCCUCGCUGGUGGAGGUGGAGGGCGUGUGCGUGAGCGACGCCGAGGAGGAGGCCGACAACUCCCCCAAGAUGCACUGCAGCGCCGAGGGCGAGUGGCUGGUGCCCAUUGGGAAAUGUAUAUGCAGGGCCGGAUUCCACCAGAAGGGAGACGCCUGUGAACCUUGCGGCCGAGGCUUCUACAAGUCUUCCUCGCAGGACCUCCAGUGCUCCCGCUGCCCGGCGCACAGCUUCAACGACCGCGAGGGCUCGUGGCGCUGCGACUGCGAGGAUGGCUACUACCGAGCGCUGUCCGACCCCCCGUCCGUGGCCUGCACAAGACCUCCCUCGGCGCCGCAGAACCUGGUCUACAACAUCAACCAGACCACCGUCGGCCUGGAGUGGAGCCCGCCGGCCGACACGGGCGGCCGCAACGACGUCAGCUACCGGGUCAUCUGCCGGCGCUGCAGCUGGGAGCCCGAGGAGUGCGCCCCCUGCGGGCCCAACGUGGGCUACUCGCCCGCCCAGUCGGGAUUAGUGGACACGUACGUGACCGUGGUGGAACUGCUGGCGCACGCCAACUACACCUUCGAGGUGGAGGCGGUCAACGGGGUGUCGGAGCUGAGCCGCACGCAGAGGCUGUUCGCCGCCGUCAGCAUCGCCACGGGACAAGCAGCGCCGUCGCAGGUCAGCGAGGUCAUCAAGGAGAAGGUGCAGCAGCGCAGCGUCCAGCUGUCCUGGCAGGAGCCGCAGCAGCCCAACGGCGUCAUCACCGAGUACGAGAUCAAGUACUACGAGAAGGACCAGAAGGACCGGAUCUACUCCACGGUGAGGUCCAGGUCCACGUCGGCCACGGUCAACAACCUGAAGCCCAGCACGGCGUACGUCUUCCAGAUCCGGGCCUUCACCGAGGCGGGCUACGGCACGUUCGGCCCGCGGCUGGAGAUCACCACCAAGGAGGAGGCCACAGCCGCCAUCGUGUCGAGCGAGCAGAACCCGGUCAUCAUCAUCGCGGUGGUGGCGGUGGCCGGGACCAUCAUCCUGGUCUUCAUGGUGUUCGGCUUCAUCAUCGGGAGAAGGUACGCUCUCGCGGGCCCCGUUGACUCUCCGCUCCUGCACUGCGGCUACAGCAAGGCCGAUCAGGAGGGCGACGAGGAGCUCUACUUCCAGUUCAAAUUUCCAGGCACCAAAACCUACAUCGACCCCGAGACCUACGAGGACCCCAACAGGGCCGUGCAUCAGUUCGCCAAGGAGCUGGACGCCUCCUGCAUUAAGAUCGAGCGUGUGAUCGGAGCAGGAGAGUUCGGGGAGGUGUGCAGCGGCCGGCUGAAGCUGCCCGGGAAGCGAGACGUGGCGGUGGCCAUCAAGACGCUGAAGGUGGGCUACACGGACAAGCAGAGGCGGGACUUCCUGUGCGAGGCCAGCAUCAUGGGACAGUUCGACCACCCCAACGUGGUUCACCUGGAGGGAGUCGUGACCAGAGGAAAGCCGGUCAUGAUCGUCAUCGAGUACAUGGAGAACGGCUCGUUAGACGCCUUCCUCAGGAAGCACGACGGUCAGUUUACAGUCAUCCAGCUGGUGGGGAUGCUGCGGGGCAUCGCGGCGGGGAUGCGGUACCUCUCCGAUAUGGGAUACGUCCAUCGAGACCUGGCCGCUCGGAACAUCCUGGUCAACAGCAACCUGGUCUGCAAAGUGUCCGACUUCGGCCUGUCCAGAGUGAUCGACGACGACCCCGAGGCCGUCUACACAACAACCGGGGGGAAGAUCCCGGUCCGGUGGACGGCGCCAGAGGCCAUCCAGUACCGGAAGUUCACGUCGGCCAGCGACGCCUGGAGCUACGGCAUCGUCAUGUGGGAGGUGAUGUCCUACGGGGAGCGGCCGUACUGGGACAUGUCCAACCAAGACGUCAUCAAGGCCAUCGAGGAGGGCUACCGCCUGCCGGCCCCCAUGGACUGUCCGCCGGGCCUGCACCAGCUCAUGCUGGACUGCUGGCAGAAGGACCGCGCCGAGCGGCCCAAGUUCGACCAGAUCGUGGGCAUCCUGGACAAGAUGAUCCGCAACCCCAACACCUUAAAGACCCCCGUGGGGACGUGCACCAGACCGAUUAGCCCGCUGCUGGACCAGAGCACGCCGGACUUCACCGCCUUCCGCUCGGUGGGGGAGUGGCUGGAGGCCAUCAAGAUGGAGCGCUACAGGGACAACUUCACGGCGGCCGGCUACAGCUCCCUGGAGGCCGUGGCCCGGAUGUCCAUCGAGGACGUGAUGAGCCUGGGCAUCUCUCUGGUGGGCCAUCAGAAGAAGAUCAUGAGCAGCAUCCAGACCACCAGGGCCCAGAUGCUCCACCUCCACGGCACGGGCGUCCAGGUGUGACGGGACGGGCUCCACCCGGGUUCGGCCCCGGCAGGACUUAAAGAGACGCCGUCAUCCGGACGGGAGCGGCGGCGCCCGGGACGCACCGGGGAGGGGGACCGUCGGAGACCGGGGCGCUCGUCCCGCCCGACUCCUCCGGCUGCGCCUGGAGGCAAAUCAUUCCUUUGUUCCUCGGCGACGCACGGCGGUCUUCUAAGGGCACUACUGAGAGGAAAGGGGCGAAAACAGAGAAACUACCUGGACACCUUCACUUUCCUUUUCUAGACAAACUCAACCACAUAUCAACGGGAGGUCCGGACGAUUCGGCUCCGACGGCGAGGACGUUUGGACGUGACAACAGGGUAACUCCUCCACCCGUCCAGGCCCGGAGGAUCCCAGCGCUCUGGACGGGCGUCUCCAGCUGUUUGCAGCGACUCGGUUUCCUCGCUACCGAGGUCGAGUCCUCGCUAUGUCAAGAUGUUGUUUUUAUAAAGAAAUAUCACCAACAAGUGCAACACGGAGGAGACGCGGGGUCGGCACGGUUCUUUCAAUCACCUGACUUUUGUAUCAGAGUAGCAAUAUCUUUAGCCGAAGCGGGUUUCCGGGUCUCGGUGAAGCGAGGAGGCUGUCUGGGCGCCGUGCGGAGAUCCAGUUUGAACCGCCUUGCUGUCGUUCUGCCCGAAACGUGGCGCCCGGUUUUUAUUUCAACACGUUCUUUAGCUGCAAAUGCGUUUUUCAAGGGUAGAUCCAAGAACAGAGUAGACGAAUACUGCCUUAAAAUGUGUUGUUAUGGCUCCGAUUUUAGGCACUAGGACGGCAAUGCUUUUAGUGGCUCAUUGCUCGGGAGGACAAGAUGUUUCUUUCUUUCUUUUUCUUUUUUUUUUUUACUUUUCCUUGCAGCCUGAUGUCCUUUUCCCUGCAACUCGAGCCGCCGUUGCACCGGCACGGUUCAAUGUGACACAGUCGGCGAGGAAAGACUAUAAAAGAGCAAUAAUUACCAGGUAGAAGCGCUCCUCGCUGGGCGCUCUUUAAGGUGCUUUCUAAGGUAGAGACAGGUGUGCUGAGACCAGCUGCUCCGGAACCAUUCAGUCGCCGCCCGAAAGCAAAGCAAAGGAACAAGGAACGUACCUCUUUGACCUAAAAAUGGUUUGGAAAGAGUUGAGAGGAGCUGCUGUGCCAGGAAAGAGACGCCGUCGCGUGAUUCGCCGCUCUGGUCUGCUGAACGGUGAAAAUCUGACCAACGGUCGAAUCAGGAGCGAAUCAGGAGGCUGCGGAGAAUAAAGCUGCCGGGCUGCCGUCGUCUGCCCGGAAAUGAAAAGACCCCUCAGGCCCCGCCCCCUCAAGCCCCACCCGAUCAGGCCCCACCGCUAGCUAGUGGCUGCUAGCGUGCCGUUAGCGCUGCUCAGACCCACGUCACUGAAAAUACUUUAGCUUCAUGAAGCUUUUAGUCGUCUUUAAACAUGUUUUUAUGAACUUCUAAACCUAGAAAGCCACAUUCUGAUCAACUGAUCGAGCUGCCACAGCAAUUUCAGUUAAUUUGUUUUUCCCAUCGAAUGACCACAAAAAUAACGACUAAGAACGGAUGAAAAUGAAUAUUUAUACUCAAAAGCUUUUAGUUUAUUCACUUUAGACCUUAUUGUGAAAAACUGAUAAGUCAAAACUCUCUUUAGUUUGAAGGAAAUAUUCAUCUGAGGUUGGUGUUUUAAAUAAAAAGAAAAGUGACCACAGCAGUACAAAAUACCUUUAUUGACAACGUCAAACUGUUAGAAUCUUUUCUCAGUCACACAGUGAAACACUCGUUUAGGAUACUCUGCUCUAAACUUAUUUUAAUGUGUAACAUCUACUUCCUGGUUUCCUGACCUCAGCUUAUUGAUACUUUAUUGGAUUUCCAGUUUAACUUUCAUUUCGUUUGAAUAUAAAUUGCUUAGUUUUGUGAUUCCAGACAUGGAGUGAGCGUGAGUUCACACUGUAACGAGGCAGCGGGGUCAGAGGUCACGCUGUUAAACGCCAUAGUCAUUAAAACAAAGUAAUGAACUCGUUAUGUUGGACUGGCUUCAGGCUGCGUCUGAACUUGAUAAUAAACGCAGUCGUUUUUUAAUUCCUCCCAUGAAGGUGAGCGGUUCUCACGCUCCCACUUUCUCCUUUUAAUGUGGAAAAACAAAAUGAAUAUUAGAAAUCAAACCAUGCAACAGCAACCUGAACGGUCGGAGACUAUAAGGGGGUCAAAGGUCAUGAAAGGACACCUGGUAACCUGAUGAUGAAAGAGGUUAAAACCGACCCAGCCUCCUGAUUCUGGGCUUUUCCUGGACUGUUGGUCACACACACUGCUGGUGUGUGUGUGUGUGUGUGUGUGUGUGUGUGUGUGUGUGUGUGUGUGUCUGUGUGUGUGUGUGUGUGUGUGUGUGUGUGUGCGCGUGUGCGUCAGCUGGGCUCGGUGUGGACACACACAGGACUCACCUUUGUGAAGAGCCCCGGAGCGCCGCCCCCCCCUCCUGCCCCCCUUUGUCCCUUUAUCCGAGCAGCACAGCUCAGCAGUUGGGCCUUUUCCAGACCUUUGAAUUGAAUCGCAGCAUAAAGUGGUUCAGUCAGCACAAACCUGCCCCUCCCCAGACCCCGGCCCCCGCUGCCCCCCCACAGCCCCCCCCCACCCCCCACCCUCUGUCCCCUUGUUUAUUUCCUUUUUUCCCCCACGUCGAGCCGUUUCAGCCGAAUUGAGAUUAAGCGUAGGACGGAUCUGAGCGGGCGGAUUAGCGGCGGCCUUCGCUCCGCCGCCGGCUUCGCUCGGCUCCGUCCACCGGGGGCUUCAGGUCGCUCCGCUCCGGACUGACGGACGCGGGAUUCGAACAGCGGCGAGCGCGGCGGGACGCGGGGCGUGCCGGCUGGAGCCGGCAGCGGCAGAUCGCAGGAUGCAGAGUUAUUCUCAGCGAGCCGGUGGAUUUUUCCAAAGAGAGCAGCGCCGUCGAUUGUGUCCGAACCAGCCGAGCUCUGAGGGAAUCUUUGUAUAUGUUCUACUUGUAAAAGUUGUACAUUUUAUUUAUAUGGUUUUUUUACACAUAUUACUCGGUAGAGAGCUCUGAAUACAUUGAAAUGCACUAUAUUUUUCUAUCUCUCAGAUGAAUUAUGGUCACUCUCCAGAUUUCAGUUGUACAUAAUGUUUCCUUUCGUUUAGGACCAAAGACGGCUGAUAGGAUUCCCAUCUUUACUUUGGACUUUAGUUUGUUGUACAGUUGAUGCAAAUGGUCGAUUUUAUUAUUUAUUUUUCUGUGAUGAAAGUAUUGAGAAUAUUCACUGGUCAGAAGUAUUUUCCCCAGCAGCAGAACUGUAAGGUCAUUUAAUUAGACGGUUUCUUGUUACAUAGACGAUUCUUUUUGCUUUGUAACCUUUGUAAUAGACUGUACAUAUAUUUUUGGAAAUAUAAUACAAUCUCUA